AUGACCUUGUUUGCAUUCACGUACCGCACCAAAGAACGAACUUCGCAUGUUUCGCUGCCGAAGAACUCCACGGGUUUGGCCGUGGUGAGAAACGUGUCGUUUGGCCGCGCGGCACGAGGUCAUGCUUUGCUGGCGCUUUUCUGGUGGCAGUUGCGGCAGCAACGUGAACAGGGACACUUCGAGGCGAGUGAAACGGAGGCACCUCCGGAGCUUCGCUUCGAGUUGCCGGGGCUGCGCUUUGAGGACAUCUGCUGUCGACGUUGGGAUGUAGUGCUUGCAGCACUGGAGCGCACAGGAGGCUCGGUGGCGGCCUGGGGCGGCGCUCCAGAUCUCCAGGAGUGGCUGCCAGGCCUGGAGCAGUUGGAGCACCUUCCUGGAGCUGGGUCGGUGCAGCACGACGUGGUGCUGUUGGGAUGUGGAGGACCCGAGCUUGAACCGCUGGAGGAGUUCUUGCUGCUUCGCGAGCAGCUCCAACGGCUGGAGAGCAGCAAGGCACAGGUGAUGGGCUGCCACUUCCUGGCGAAGCAUAUUGGCCUCGUCGAAGCGGUGAGCCAACACGCGCUGGAGGCGGCCGUGACACUGAACUUGGGCGUGGACGGCACUUGGUGGUUCUGA